GGUGUUGAAAGAGAGCUAAGGGAAGUGAGAAGAGAAAAGUGAUUACUCCACUUGUUUGGUCAAAUAAUGGAAGCGGCGACGAAGCAGAGCGUUACAAACCGCCUUCUCACCGUCAAGUCAGCCUCCGGCAAGACUUACAGUCAAUUAGCGGCGGAGACAGGGCUCACCAACGUCUACGUGGCUCAGCUGCUCCGUCGCCAAGCCCAGCUCAAACCCGAAACAGUCCCCAAGCUCCGUGAAGCCUUACCUGCUCUGACCGAAGAACUCAUCGCCGCCAUGAUGUCUCCGCCGUGGAGAUCGUAUGAUCCAAACCUCAUCCAAGAACCCACCGUCUACAGGUUGAAUGAAGCAGUGAUGCAUUUCGGUGAGAGUAUAAAGGAGAUCAUCAAUGAAGAUUUCGGCGAUGGCAUCAUGUCGGCAAUAGACUUCUAUUGCUCUGUGGACAAAAUUAAAGGAGUGGAUGGUAAUAACCGCGUGGUCGUGACACUUGAUGGGAAGUAUCUUCCUCAUUCUGAACAGAGGACUGAUAAAAUGGUCUCAAGGCUAAACCUCAAGGGAAGUACAAGCGAAUGAUAUGAAAAUGUAAGAAGAAAACGAUUCAUAUGAAUGUAAGCAGCAAUCCAUGAAGGCUUUUAUGUCUAAAGCUGUAAACAUUGUAAUAUUUAUGGUGUUUGUUUAUUCUGUACUCUAUGCAACUCCAGCCUCGAGUUGUUUCAAGUUGAAUAACAGUGAAUAAAAUAAAAUAAACAAUGAAACC